UCUCUCCAGAUGAGUGGAGACGGGCGCUUGUGAGUGAGCGAGCGAGUGAGUGAGCGGGAGAGCCCGGAACAUGAUGCCCAGUUUCGGCUGCUCCGUGCCAGGAACGCGUCCUCUCUGAGAUUUCCCCGCGGGACGCCCCUUUGCCCGGCUCUCUGUGUUUUCGGGAUGCGCCCCGAAGAUUAAACUCGGCCGCAGCUUCUUCUACUUCUUCUUUUUUGUUUUUUGUUUUUGUUUGGCUUGUUUCGGCUGUUUGUUCGUCCUCGCGCCAGCGCCCGUUUCCCCGGCAUGGUGGUCUCCGCGGCCGCGGUCCUGGGCGCCGCGCUGGGCACCGCCUCGGGCGUCCUCACCCUCUGCGGGCUCUCCCUCCUCUGCAGGUCGUGCAGGGAGAAGCGGUCGGAGAAGGACCCGGAGCCGGACGCCGAGAAGCAGAGCGUCCUGCAUUCCUCUCAGCAGUUCAGUAUCGAAAAAUCGACUGAAUCCAUUCAGCCACGGACUCUGCUGGAGUUCCCCAAAAUCUACGCCCCGACGCCGUCGGUCACCUCUCCUGAAGUGGUUAACCCGCCCGAGAACGUUCCGGAAGCGACCGGCGAGCCCACCGCCAAGGGAGACCCCGCCGCCAAGCCUGAGCGCGGUAACCUAGCGACAGAGGGACCCAAGGAGGUCUUCGCCGUCCAGAGUCAAGAUUCCACAGAGGAAACCCCUUGUGCCCCGGAGCGAAAGAACGGACUCAUCAAAAGCCCCUCCCUCCUUCACCCCAAACUGCACUUCUCCCUCAAGUACCACCCUGAGACCAAGGAGCUACACGUCACAGUCAUAGAGGCGGAUCGCGUGAGCACGGGCGCGGGGGGCGAGGGAUACGUGGAGGGGCGGCUCAGCACCGCCGCGGGGCAGAAGGAGGCGCGCACCUCCUCCAGGCACCUGGCGGCCCACGUGAGGUGGGAGGAGGAGCUGGUGCUGGGGCUGCCGGGGGGUCAGGAGAAGGAGGAGGAGGAGGUGGAGGGCGAGGUUGCCCUCUCCCUGCACAGCUGCGACCGGUUCUCUCGCCAGGCCAACCUGGGCACCGUCCGCUUCAAGCUGGCCGACGUGGGCAUGAUGUCUGACGCUGACUGCUGGGUGGACCUGCAGCCCCCCAAGAAGGAUGUGUGCAUAUCCGCAGGUGAGAUCCUCCUGUCCAUCAGCUACCUGCCAGCGGCCAACCGCCUGGGUGUGGUGGUCAUGAAGGCCCGUGGGCUGCAAUCAGACAAGCUGAAGGACACCAUUGACCUGUCGGUGAAGCUGGCCCUGAAGCACCAGGCCACCAAGCUGAGGAAGAAGCAGACGCGGAGGGUGAAGCACAAGAUGAACCCCGUCUGGAACGAGAUGCUGAUGCUGGAGGUCCCCCGGGAGCUGCUGGCGCGGUCCAGCCUGGAGCUGGAGGUGCUGAACCAGGCUGGAGGCGUGGGCGGACAGGCCUCCACCAUGGGCCGCUGCCAGCUGGGCCUGCAGGCCCCCGCGACCGGCCUCCAGCACUGGCAGCAGAUGCUGGAUAACCCCCGCAAGCAGAUCGCCAUGUGGCACCCCCUGUACGCCUGAACCUGCGCCCCUCCGCCCAAAAAAAAAAAAAAAAAAACCGACGCAGACUUUGACUCUGGCGUUCUGGAGCCAGUCCUGGUCCUGGAGGGCCGUCACCAUGACGACUGCAUUCUCUUCACCUGUUCAUAUCUAGAUACUCUUCCAAAAUGGCCGCUAAAAUUUCCCAAGUGGCUGAACAUAUCGAAAGGCCAAAAUUUAAGUGGCCCUCCAUGACCAGAACUGUAGAUACAUCUGCCAUAGUAAAACAUUUGGGCUGAUUGUCACUACUUUGCUCUGUCCUUUAAGUUCAGUCACCCCUAGACUUCACUCUGUCUGGAAACAAUCAUGCUUUGCACACACGUAACAUCGGUUAAUGUAAUAAAAACUGUUAAUGUAACAAAAAUGGUUAACAUAAUAAAUUUGUCUUUUUUAAUAUAACAACUGCCAGCUAAUGUAAUAACUGCUGCUUAUUGGAAUAGAAAUCUCAAACAGUUAACAUAAUGACUUUUGCUGGUUAGUGUAAUAACUUAAUGUAAUAACUGACAUUAACUGGUAGUUAUCACGUUAACCAGGGGUUACAAUUUUGUUGAAGAGUAAAUGUAAUGCCGUGGUUGAAGUAUGGUUCAAAGUAAGUGAGAAAAAAAAUACUUUGGUUGUAGUAUUUAUUAUUGGCCACAAGGAGAACACCACAAAAGGGCCAUCAAGGGUCUGUCUGACCCAAGCGUGAGCCUGUGAAUUUCUGUUUGCAAGCACAACAAAACAGGGGCCAAGGCUCAAAGAUAAUGAGGCAUUCGCACUGGUUCUCCCCUCACUCGACUGCAGUAAGCGUAUAGAUUGAGCUACAAUAGAAAAGAAAAUGCCUAUGACAGCAUUAAUGGAAUGUGAAGACGUUAAUGAGGAAAUAUGUGUUUCAGUAGAAAAUGACCAAAAAUACAGACGUUUUGACAAAAACUGAGGGAAAAAAUGCAAAAAAUAAAUAAAUAAAUAAAUAAAAUAAAAAUUAAAAGAAAUUAACAUAUUGUGUCAUUUUUACAUUCAGAUGGAUGGGCAAUAAUUAUAUUAUUAUUUAAAAACCAUGUGCGUUAAUAUGUUUUAUAGACUUUUAUGGUGCAAUAUGUUGGUCCAAUGGAAAAUGAGCAAAAUACAUAAGACUUAUCUCUAUGAAGUGAAACAAAUACAAAAAAUGUAAUUGUUAUUUUUCAGUUGGAUAAAUGGGAAAUCAUUUUUAACAACCAAGGUGAAAUAAGUGCAUUAACAUGUCGUUGAGGACUAUAGUCUUAUGUACAAAACAUGACAAAAAUGAAAAAAGUGUAGUUGUUAUUUUUCAUUCGAAUGGGCAGAAAAUCAUAUUUAUUUAAGGACUAAGAUGAAAUAAAGAAAAAUGUUUUUUUUUUUUUGGAAGACAUUCACCAUGUAAAAUGUAUUUCAGGAAAAAAAAUGACCAAAAUACAUAAGUUGUAUAUCCAAAAAGUGACAAAAAUUCAAAAAAAAAAAAAUGCCAUUUGUUCAUUUUGAUGGACAGAAAAUUGCGUUUGGUCAAGGACUGUAAUAAUGGUUAAUGAAAUAGACACAGUUAAUGUAAUAAAGACAGUUCAUGUAAUAACUGUACCUUAGAAUGUAAUACCUGCUACUUAAUGUAAUAUUGCCAUUUUGUGUAAUAAAAACCUUGAGCGGUUAACAUACCUUUUACCCAUUAAGGUAAUUGCUUACUACAUUAUCUGAUAGUUAUUACAUUAACCGAGUCUUACAUAUGUAAGAUAGAUGCUCUAUUGAAUGAAGUUUUUACAUUAAAUAAAAAUAUUAGUAAAAAAAAACAUUUUUUAAAUGUAAAUGUAAAAAAAGUUUUACAUUAAAAAAAUAUAAAGACCGAAACACAUUUCACCAUAAAUAUUUUCACAGAAAUAAUAAUGCACUUAUUUCAGGCUGGUUGUGUAUGUAAAAAUAAGUUACAAUCAUCCAAUUACAUUUUUAAAAAAUCUGUAUUCCGAUCAUUUUGCACUGAAACCCAUGUUUCAUAAUAAAUGUCUCCAAGUGAAAUGUUUUUCAUUUAUUUCACCGUGGGUCAUGUAUAAACAUUUUUUAAUUUAAUUUAUUUAUUUUUGAGUUUUACGAAAUUUAAACACAUGUAUCAAAAGACGUGCAUGUGAAGAAAUUGUCAAGGAUAACACGAAAAAGUCCUGGACUUAUUUCCAUCGUGGUCCUUGAUGUUCCAUCAUAAUUUCUCAUCAAUCUGCAUGAAAAAAAAAAUAAUAAAAAAUUUGUGUCACUUGGAAAAGUAUGUAUUCUACUGAAACACAUAUUUCAUAAUGGAUUUUUUCAAAUGAAUUUUGUUUCAUGUAAUUCACUGUGGUUGUUGAAUAAAAUUAUUUUCCAUCUAACUAAAUAAAAAAAAUGACUAAAUUAA